UCCCGGUAGAGCCUGACAGUUCCGCACUAUUGGCUGACAGCAGGGGCACUCUUACCUGUACCUGCGAGAAGGAGUGCCAUUCGUCAUCGUCCGACUCCAAACCAGGAUCAACUUUUCCUUCUUCCAGCAGCCCCGAGAGGUAGAAGUCGGCCAGGAACGCCGGCAGCUCGAUGAGCGACUGCAGCAGGACUCCGAGCAUGGAGCCUAUAACGUCGUGGACCGAGAACAGAGUCAGCGAGUGGCUGCAAGGUCUGGAUGCCCCCCUGCAUCAGUAUCCGGUGUCGGAGUGGCACCUGUCAGGUCUGGAUCUACUCCAGUUGACUUCUGUGGACCUGGAGAGGUUGGGGGUCCAUAAGAUCGGACACCAGGAGCUCAUCCUUGAAGCUGUGGAGAAGCUCUGCUCUCUGACUUAUGGUAUAGGAGGAGAGAAUUUGCGUGGUCUGACAGAGAAGCUGCGAGCUGUGGCCCACACCCUGCAGAUGGGCAUCCAGAGCCGCUGGCGCCUCAACAGCUACGACGGACGGAGCACCACCAAGCUGCCUGUUGGCAUCCUGCAGAUUGUUGUGGAGCUCAUAACCUCUGCCAAAGGCCUCUUCUCUUUGCUCAAUAGGUAUCAGUUGGCCCAGCUCAGUGGAUACACCACCACCAUGAACAUCUUCACCUACUGCAAAGAGCUGGGAGACAUUGUGCACAAGCCGGACACCACAGUGUAUGAAAAGGAAAAGGACAUCAUCUCUGUGGGCCGUCAGCUGGUGGCGGUUUGCGAUGAGAUCCUGAGCUCCAGCCCUGAAACGCUCCUCACCCACACUGCUCAGCUAGAGAGUGUCGACCUGGUGCCAGUGUCACCCGGCGAUCAGCUGGGGAUUGAGAUAACGUCCACCAGCUCCAGUAACCACUACGUGACCGGAUCUGCAGUCGAGGAUUCCAAUGAUGUUUUUGUGAAGAUCUUGGCUGGUGAUGAGGUGGUUCAAGUCAACGGCCAGAUAGUGGUGGGCUGGAGCAGAGCGAACCUUGUGAAGAAGCUUCGAGAGAAUCCCAGCGGAGUGACUCUGGUCUUGAAGAAGAUUCCUGGAUCGGUGCGACGCAAAGAAUCAGUCCAGGUCUCCUCCGCACAGAGGGAGGAAGAGGAGAAAGAGGAGAGGUCAGAGGAGGAAGAAGAGGAAAAGGACGAGGAGGAGAAUCCAAGGCACUCCAUAUUUGAGAGGGUAGCAGCUUCUGUCAGGUCCUUGUCUUUCAGGCGAGCUAUACACGGGCCAGAGGUACAACAGCAGCCUAUGGGACAGGAGGAAUCCGAGAUACCUGCUGACAAGGAGUUGGUGGAAGGGAACCUGACUCUAACUUCCUAUCAAAACCAACAGGAGAGGCUGUCACCUCUGUCAACAUCAGGAGAGUUUGAGAGUUUGCACGGCUCACAACUCUCCCCCAGACUCCCCGCGAGAUCACCCAGGACGCCUUCACCCUGCAGUUUUGGCUCUUUCAGAAGUCCAUCACCUAGGACGGUGAACCAGGACACGGCCAGCAUCAGCUCCUGCCCUGAAAUGGUCGGACACACGGGGAAUAAGGACACUAAGAAGAGCUCUACAAAAGGAAUGACAACAGCUCUGAGUCGACGUCGUGUUUCCUGCCGUGAGUUGGGUCACCCCGACUGUGACGGCUGGCUCUGGAAGAAAAGAAGGGAGAGCAGCGUCUUCCUCGCCCAGAAGUGGCAGCGCUUCUGGUUUGUCCUCAAAGGACCCUGCCUUUACUGGUACACCAGUCAACAGGAUGAGAAGGCGGAGGGUCUGGUUGACAUAGCCAGCUACAGUAUAGAGAGCGCCGGAGAGCACAAAAGAAAAUAUGUUUUCCAAAUGAGCCACAAGAAGUUUCAGAACUUCUUCUUUGCUGCUGAUCAUGUCAGCGACAUGAGCAAGUGGAUCAACUGUCUGAUUACAGCCAUACAGAAGCACAAGAAGCUGAGAGGCCCAGACAGUGAAGAAGAAUAUUACAGCGAAACCGAAUCAGAGAGCGAAUCAUCUCCGUCGCCCCGCAGGAGAAACAAGAAGGUUCAGAGCCACACUCUGCCUCGCCCCAAGGGGAGGACAAGCAAGAUGCAAACAAUGAAUCCUUCAACAGAGGGCAGCAAAGGAACAGGCGGCCCAGUAGAUGAGAUGGGAAUGAUGCUAAACAACAUUAAGGAAGGAGGAGUUUCCCUGAUCGGCCACGAGCAGCCGUUUACGCACGACCACUUCAGGAAAUCAUUCAUCCGACGCAACAAGAACCCUGUCAUCAAUGAGAAGGCGCACACACUCCGGGCUCUGCAAAGCACUCUAAAAGCCAAAGAAGCAGAGUUGCAGCAGAUCAGCAAGAUCCUGGAAGACUCUGAUCUGACGGCUUUAAAGUACCGUCAGUGGAAGGAGCAGAACGAGGAACUAGUUCAAGAGAUCGAAAGACUGGCCGCACUCAAAGCUUCCAACGCAGAGGAUGUUGCAGUGGUGCAGGACACACCUACUGAGGCGGUUGCCUUGGAAACUGUCGCUAAGGGAACAGCGCCUGCAGAAACAGAAGGCGCAUACAGACUAAGCCUGAGCGAUGGGGAGCAGUUAGUUGACGCAGAGCCAUCUGAUGUUCUCCUGGAGAUCCCACCAGUCUCCUCGAGCGCAGAGACCAGUCCAGUGUUGGACCUCUCUCUGGGGUCGCUGCAGGAGUCAAUAAACAAGCAGCUGAGUCAAAUGGCAGAAAGUGGAGAAGCUGCCGAGAACUAUUUCUACAUCUGAGACCACUGGAACAUUCACAGCAACUUAAAGUUGCACUGUUAAACAAAAUCCGACAAAUCAUCAAUCAUGCAGCAGUGUAAGACACCGUGUUUUCUGACGAUGCUCGCCUGAAAGGACGAGUUAAAAUUUGCCACAGAAUCAACGCUCUGAUCAAGUAUACUCAUGAAAUGCAACAGUACAGACUUUUCUAUAGCAAACAUACUUAGAUGUAUGACAAGUUUACGACAGCGAAAAGAACAAUUUGCCAAGUUUCAAUCAAAAGCAAAAUAUCAACUAGGACUUUUCUUGUUUUUCAACAAGAAUUUGUAAUGUAAGUAAUGCCUCUUGUAAUAUGAUAUGUAAAUACAGUUUUACCAUAAAUACUGUCUGUAUUUGUUUAUUGACUUUACCUUAAUAAAGGUACAUUUUAAAACAAAUGUAAGUGUAAAUGUAAUGUAAUAAGUUGCACAGAACAUUCACUGUUGCUCCUGUUGAUUAAUUCUAUGUUGUUUUGGAGCCCUGUGAGGAACAUUUCACUUCACCACAUGUACACCUGUAUAUAAGAGCUGUAUGGCAGCUCCUUAUCGCCGGAAGAUGAAUGAAGGGUCCUUAAGAGCUGAGAGAACAGAUGUGGCUCGCUCCAUUUCCCUGUAGUCCUCGCUGGCCUAAUGGGGAGCGUGAUCAUCACUGAGAUGUGUCGUGAUGUUCCUGCUGUAGCUAAAGGUUAAGAUCCAGGUGACAGAGAAGAGAAUAAGCGACAAACCUUGAUUUAAAAAAAAAAAAAAAAGCGCAUGUUGCUGUAGAUGUCCCUGUCUGCUCUGCAUGAGAUUCAGCCUGUUAAGCCUUUUUGUAUUCUGCUCCAUGUGUGAGUCCUCUGUAAUCUUCUCCACUGAAGGUCAUGCCAAACUGUUUCUUGCCGGCUUCGUUUUGUUGCCUGACCAGGUCACCAGGUCCUGUUUGCAGCUUUCAGAACUGUCUACCAUACAGCAGUGAAAUUUGCCCUUGAUGGUUAAUAAGUUUUCACAUUCAGUGCUUUCAGAAAGAAGUCUGAAUCACUAGUUGAAAAGUGGCGGAAUGCGUGGUUUGCAGUGUAAGUAUUGAAAGCACAGACUGGCAUGUUUUGCAGCAAAAAAAACAAACUAUUUUUUCUUAUAUAAGCUCAAAAAUACAUAUACUUUUUUCCCCUCCACCUACUUCUUUCAUUCACUGUCCUUUGUUUCAUCAACCAUGACACAUACUGUCACAUGCUGAAUGUCAUUGUGUGCUGCAGAAUGAAGCAACUGAAUUGUUCAUUUCCUCAUCAGGUUGAUGGUCUGUUCGCUGCAUUCAUAUCUAAGAUCUAUUCCCGUAAUGAGUCUGUUCCUGAUAAUUCACUGGCUGCAUUGACCUUGUCUGCUGUGCGUCGGCUGAACUCUCGGCUUUGUGUUGCGCUAA